UUCGUGUUGACAUUUCCCGCGAGAUUUGAAUUUGAAAGUUUGAAAACCCGAGUCAUCACACUGUGUCAUGCUAAAUCUCAGCGACAAUUUUUGAGCCAAGAGAACCCACCAAAAACUCCAAAAAAUGCAAAUGCGUUGUUGCAAAAUUUUACAGUGAACUGAAAUGGGAUAUACAUUUUUUUCAACCUAGCUAACAUGGAACUCAAAUGAUUUACUUCUGUGAAAGGAAAUCUCAUUUAUUUAUUUCUGUGCGACGGAUUUGACAUUCUAUCCACGUGUCCCGUCAAAUAGGUUAUGUUUUCAAGGUGAAAGUUCUAAAAAUGUAAUAUUUUUCGGACAACCAACAAAAUUAGUUUCAUUCAUAACUUUACAAUAAUGCACUUGGUUGUGAGUAACGGUACACAUUACCAAAACGCAUAUUUAAUUCAUAAAUCAUUCAUAACAAGUGUUCGCUAUCUGGGUUAUCCUUUUACCAGUAGUGUACAGCAGUUUGUGACUAGACCAUGACGAGUUUAAAGCUAAGUCGUUUAUUAAAAUACUCAUUGAUUGGAAGUGCAGCAAUUGGCACAGCUGUAAGUCUUCACGGAAAUCAAUAUCAACUCAAUUCAAUCGGAAUCGUGCGAUUAAGUCGCGCAGCAGUGACAGUGUUCCAAAUUGGUGUCAUUUACAAAAAAGAUCUGUACGGUAAAGGUUUAGAUAAAAAUUCGCAAGAAUACAAAGAAUUAAAAUCGAUUUGUCACAAAAGAAGUGCAGAAAAGUUACUCGAAUUAUGCUGCACCAAUAAAGGAACGUACAUCAAAGUAGGCCAACACUUGGCCGCCUUAGAUUACUUGCUACCGUCAGAAUACGUUCAAACAAUGAAAGUUUUACACAGUCAUGCCCCAACAAACCCAAUUGAAGACGUCUAUAAAGUGAUUCGAGAAGAUUUGAAAAAAGACCCAUUUGAGAUUUUUCAAACCAUUGAACCUGAACCAUUGGGUACUGCUUCUUUAGCUCAAGUCCACAAAGCCACACUAACAGAUGGCACUGUGGUCGCUGUCAAAGUACAACAUCCUUACAUCCAAGGAAAUGCAAGAGUUGACUUAAAAACGAUGGAAUAUCUAGUAAAAAUAAUGAGUUGGGUUUUCCCCGAAUUUAAAUUUCAAUGGCUGGUCGAUGAAACGAAAAAAAAUAUUCCACAAGAACUAAAUUUCGAGCAGGAAGGUCACAAUGCUGAAAAAGUUGCCAAAAUGUUUGAACAUGUUGAAUGGCUUAAAAUACCCAAAGUCAUUUGGGAUUUGACAACUUCAAGGGUUCUGACUAUGGAGUUUGUUGAAGGGGGGCAAGUGAAUGAUUUGAAAUACAUAAAUGAGCAUGGUAUUGACCCAUUUGAAGUUUCCGAUAAGUUGGGAAAGCUUUAUUCACAAAUGAUUUUUAUUAAUGGUUUUGUACAUAGUGAUCCUCAUCCGGGAAAUAUAUUUGUUAAGAGGUCAGAGAGGGGUGAUUGUGAUAUUAUUCUGUUGGAUCAUGGAUUGUAUGCGAAUUUGAGCGACGAAUUUCGCGUCGAAUACGCAAAUUUCUGGUUGAGUAUUUUAAACCGAGAUCGAAAAGCAAUGAGACUUCACAGCGCCAACUUGGGAAUCAAGGGUGAUCUCUAUGGAUUAUUUGCUUGCAUGGUAACAGGGCGCACUUGGGACACGAUUUUAAAAGGCAUAGACCAGCAAAAGCAAUCAAAGAGCGAAAAGGAGUUGUUUCAGCGUGAAUUUCCAAACGUCUUACCACAAAUUUCAGGCGUUUUAGAUAAAGUUAACAGACAAAUGUUACUAAUUUUUAAAACUAAUGACUUAAUGAGAGGGAUUGAACACACCUUGAAGACCAGUGCUAGAAUGGGAGCUUUCUGUGUAAUGUCACAAUGUUGCGUCAAAUCUGUGUACAGUGAAAGAUUGUGUAAAGAAAACAGCAAAAUCGGAAAAUUUAAAAUCGCCUUUGCCCAGUUUUGGGCACUUUUUAAAAUAAAAUUAUAUUAUUCAAUGUUGAGUCUUAGACAAUUAUGUAAAUUACAAAUUCUUAGCACUUGAUUUUAUUAAAGAAUUUAUUUUAUAUCGGAAAUUUGUUAUUAAAUAAAACAGUUUAUUUAUGUAAA